AUGGCAGUAACAACACUCAACGAUGGAGAUGGAUCCGUCUCGCCGAGAGCGUCCAAAACAAAAAUCAUUUCCAUAAUCUUUCUCUUUCUACUUUCCUUACUAGCAUUUGUAUGUCAAACCGAGUUCACAUCAAGAGCUUAUACCGUGGGGUUCAAAGAACCAAUUGCACUUUUACUCGUCACCCAUGGUAUGUGGUGGAUCCUUUGGCCCAUACAGGUGAUUCUGAUUGCAGUUUUCAGAACCGGACACCGUUUGAUGUAUCAAAGAAGAUUGGGAGAGUACGAACCAGUCAACUCUCCAGGACAGAUUCACGACCCAAAUUUGCUGGUUUCAAAGCCGGUCAACGUGUACAAAUACUUUAAGAAAUCGAUUGUUAAGCAGGUGCACAACGUCUACCACACGUCCAUAUUGAUCUACGAAGCUAAUGUCAACGGCGAUACAAGAACCGAAGAAAUAAAUCAACUUAUUGAUCUGAAUCCUCAUAUUUCCAAUACUAGUUCGCUUAGAGCUUGUUUUAAAUCUGCUUUGGGCACUCCGUCGAUCAAGUACAUUCUUGCCAAGUCGGCAAUGAUUACUAUGGUGUUGACUAUUGCCGGUUUUACUUGGUAUGGAGCCAUGCUGAUGACUUAUGCUUCAGAUGUUACUGCCAUUUACAAUUGCCUGGCUUUCACCGCCUACGCUUUUGCCAUUCCCAUCUUGAAGGAACGCUUUUCCUGGCUCAAGGUUAGCUCCGUGAUAAUUGCUAUUGCUGGAGUGUUUAUCGUGGCCUAUUCCGGCGACGCUGCCGACGGUGACAAUCCGUACCCUUACCGGUUUUGGGGCAAUUUGAUCAUUCUGGCCGGUGCCGUAUUAUACGGUUACUAUGAGGUGCUCUACAAAAAGUACACAUGCAUUCCUGCUCACCUAGCUACCAUCAUCACGCCUCGGCGCCAACUUACAUUUUCCAAUUUUAUUAUGGCACUUUUUGGCACAUUUACAUUUUUGAUCUUGUUCACAUCCAUGGCUUUGGUGCACAUUUUCCACAUCCACCACUUCAAUUUGUUUGACUAUGGCGACAAAACCGGACUCAUUUGGUCUUAUAUCAUUGGUUCGCUCAUCUCCAACAUCUUGUUCAGUGCAGCAUUUUUGUCGCUCAUGGCAUUGACAAACCCUGUGUUGUCUAGCGUUUCGUCUUUGACCACUAUUUUCCUCAUAGGUUUGACCGAAUGGGUAUUAUUUGGCGUCAAAUUGAGCUUUCAGCAACUUUUAGGUGAUAUGUUUGUGAUUGCUGGGUUUGUAUUGUUGACGGCAGCUUCAUGGAAGGAGAUUAGCGAGGGAAACGACGACGACGAUGUUGAAAAUGUAUCGACGUUUUCGUUUCCUGUGAGCACGGACGGAACGAUAUAG